GUGGGGGCGGUGCCAUGGUGGGGGAGGGACAGGACGAGCCUGACAGCAGGCCAAGGUCUCAGCGGGGAAGGCUGGGAGAGACCCCAAGUCACGGGGAAGGAGGUGACAGCCCUGGGGUCCUUUUCACCGAAGGCCUCACUUUCUGCAUCAGUUCUUUUCUGGAGUCAGUGGCUCCCAGCUGGUGGGAAGAACCGAGGACCACAGGUUGUCUGCAGGGCCGAAGGAUGAGGCGGCUGUUGAUCCUGCUGGCCCUGUGGCUGGGCACGGAGGGUGUAGGUGGGGUUGAGCUCACCACAGUGCAGCGCAGGGGCCUGCAGGUGGCCCUGGAGGAGUUCCACAAACACCCGCCUGUGCAGUGGGCCUUCCGGGAGACCAGCGUGGACAGCGCCGCUGACACGCCCUUCCCAGCGGGCACCUUCGUACGCCUGGAGUUCAGGCUCCAGCAGACGGGCUGCCGGAAGAAGGACUGGAAGAAACCUGAGUGUAAAGUCAAGCCCAAUGGGUCAGAUUUUACAAGACAAUGUCAACAAGCAGAACAGAGCACAGCGGAGAGGUUCUGGAGGAGUCAGAGGAAGCGGAAAUGCCUGGCCUGUAUUAAACUGGACCCUGAGCAUCAAGUUCUGGGCCGGAUGGUCCACUGCCCCAUAGAGACACAAGGCCAGCAGCUCCAGGAGCCCCAGUGCAGCAAGGUGCAACGGGCCGGCGAGGACCCCCAUAGCUUCUACUUCCCUGGACAGUUCGCCUUCUCCAAGGCGCUGCCCCCCAGCUGAGCCCUGGACUGAAUCCCAGCUGGCUUCCCACACAGUGUGGCAGGUGGCCCCACCCUCCCAGGCAGAAGAUCCGCCGUACCCAGGGCCAAUAAAACUGUUCUCCAA